AUGCCGCCGCAUAUCUUCCGAUACCGUACUUCCUUCGUUGCGUUAGCUGUGUCUUUUAUCAUGUUCUGGGUGGUCUACUUUGUAUCGGUGUACUUCCAGGCUAUGAAGCUUUCUACCUCUACUCGUGAUAGUGUACAGUUUCUAUCUACUAGUGUGAUUCUCGCUGUGCCGACCGCUGUUGUCGCAGAUGUCCUCCUUACUAAACGGGGCCGCUAUAAGCCUAUCUAUAUUGUCGCCAUGGUUCUGACCCUCCUAGGAUUAGGUCUCUUUACUCUCUUUGAUGUUGAAUCUAGUCCAGCAGAGUUGAUCAUUUUCCAAAUUAUCACCGCCAUCGGCUUGGGUCUUCUGCUCACAACUACUCUCUUGCUCCUCAAGUGCAACGGGAGGUGA